AUGCCAACCGAAUUAGAAGAACUCGUGUCGUUCCUCCACUCCCCACAACCAGCAGUUGUCCAAAUUGCCUUAGACCACCUCGUCGGAUAUUCGCAAAGUUCCCACCAACAAAUCUUCGCCUAUGACAAUUAUACCGCUAUCACAGACUUAAAGAACCUAAGUAAAUCAACUGGCCGUACUACGGUUAGUCAAUCUGUGACUAUAUUAUCCAAUUUAUGUGGAGAUUUAACCAUGAGAAAUUUGAUAGUUGAAGAUCUUGAAUAUUUGACUUAUUUAGCUUCACAAAUUGUUAAUAUUCAUAAUAGUAAUGCUGAUUUAAUGUGUAUUUUAUUAACUAAUUUAGCAAAGAAUGAUAAUGUGAAUAAGAUCUUAGAAUUCGAAGUUGAAUUUGGUGAAGAUGAACUGAAGAAGGUUUUCAAAUCUAACAAAGUUAUUGAUUGUCUUAUGGAUUGUUUUGUUAAAGGGAAUGAUUAUAAAUUAAACAAAUAUGCCAAUUAUGAUUAUUUGGCGUAUUUCUUUGCUGAUCUUUCGAGGUUUGCUCAAGGUAGAUCAUAUUUCAUUACACAACAAGAAUAUGAUAAUGUGGUACCACUUUCCAAGUUGUUGGUAUUUACUGAAAAAUAUGAUACCAAGAUUAGAAGAGAAGGGGUUGCUUCUACAAUUAAGAAUUCAUUAUUUGAUACCAAUUCUCAUGAACGAUUAUUACAAGAUUCAGAAAUUAAUUUAUUACCAUUUAUAUUAUUACCCCUUGCUGGACCUGAAGAAAUUGAUGAAGAUGAGAUGUUUGAUUUACCGGAAGAAUUACAAUUAUUACCUUCCGAUAAACAAAGAGAACCUUUACAUGGGGUGAUUUGUAUUCAUUUAGAAUCGAUUUUAUUAUUAUGUACAACUAAACAAGGAAGAGAAUAUCUUAGAGAGAAAUCAGUCUAUUCAAUUAUUAAAACCUUGGACGCUGCUAAGAAUGUGGAAGAAAUUUCUGAUUUAUGUGAUAGAAUUGUACAAAUGUUAAAAAGAGAUGAAGCUCCUGAAGGGCAAGAUGAAAUAGAUAUGGAAAGUGAUGAAGAUGAUGACAAGAUUGUUGAGAUUUUGUAA